AUGGUAUAUGCAUUCCUCAUUUCAAUGAACCAAGAAAGCUACCAAGCACUUUUGAACGUAAUCCGUAAUUUGCUGCCAUUAGUUUAUGAACAACUGUGUAUCAUAACAGAUUUUGAAAUGCCAUUGAUGAAUGCAGUUCAAACUGUAAUGCCUAUAACUAAAUUGAUGGGUUGUUGGUUUCAUUUUUGCCAGGCAGUCAUAAGAUACAGUAAGCAGAAAUUGAACAGUGUGUAA